UUUUUCGAAGUUUGUUACAAGGACCCAAUUUAAUACUACCUUACUGUCUGACCAAAUAAAUAUUUUCUCAAAUUCUAUAUCGCUUUCCUUUUUGAUGAAUUCAUAUAAUCUUUUACCAGCCACUGCCGCCAUUAGUUCAAGUCUAGGGAUGGUUAGUUUUCCUUUUAUUGGGGCUAAUCUACUUUUUGCAAAAAUUAUUGAAGAAUUUUUUCUUUGGGUGAUAUAAGCCACUGCGCCAAAUGCUUUGGCGCUUGCGUCGACAAAAAUAUGUAAAUUAGAUUUUUCGUUUUUAUUGACCACUUUUCUUCGAAUAAGGAAAUUUCCGAAAUCAUAUUGAAUUUGUUUAAACUUUUCUUGAAGCUCUCCUGAGAGUUUAUCGUCCCAACCGUAUUCCGGAUAAUUCCAUAAUUCUUGAAAAAAUAAUUUUCUUUUUAAAUUUACUGGAACAAUCAUGCCUAGUGGGUCAAAGCUUGACGCGAUUGCUUUUAAAACAUUUCUUUUAGUUAAUUUCUCUUCAAUUUUAAUUUCUUUUAAUUCCAUCAUUAGUGCAUCUUUUGAAGUGUCCCAUGAAAUGCCCAAUAUUUUUACUAAGUCUGAUUUAUUGCCGAAAUGUGUAUUUACUAUUCUUAAAUUACUACAAAAUUCGUGA